CAUGUCAAUCAUUUUUUUCCCCCCUUUUUCUCAGAUCUAUUGCCUGCCUUCAACAAUACUCAAAACACACUGUAAUAUACAACUUUACCGAAGAAUCGAACGCCACUGAACAUGGGCAUAUCAUUUGGCACCAAUAGAAGAAGAAACACCACCCCCGCCACAUACUACCACCACCACCCUCCUCCUCCUGAAUACUACGCUCCUUAUCCUGCGCACCCUCCACUGCCUCCACAUGCUUUCCCUGCAGCACCACCGCCUCUAUACUGCCCACAUUACCAAUCCUACAAUGGGUGCAACUACACAAGUAGUUUUGUAGGUGGGACGCCCAGUUUUGGUCCUUUUCAUAACGGGUUGCCAGCGUCAUCUCAAGUGGUGGCGCCGCCACCACCACCGCCACCGUACGUUGAGGACCAACAUGCUAAAAAGGUCAGAAGCGAUGUCAAUGUGCAUAAGGAUACUUUGAGGCUUGAAGUUGAUGAGAUGAACCCUGACUAUCACUUGGUUUCUUUUCUUUUUGAUGCUAUGUUUGAUGGAAGCAUCACUAUUUGGUACUUCGCCAAGGAAGGGCCGAACUGCAGAUUGGUUUCAUCAUUUCCUGAAGUAUAUGUGCCUGUAAAAAUUCCUUUUCAGAAAGGACUACGCCAGAAAUUUAGUCAGCCUUCUGGGAGGGGCAUUGACCUGGGUUUCUUUGUCUCUGAUGAUCUUUCAAAUCCAUCUCCAAAAGAGGACGUAUAUCCUCUUGUAAUAACUGCAGAAACUUGUCCGCCUUCUUACAGUGAUGAUUACAGUAAUGAUCGUCCCCAAUAUCAAUUCCCUCAUAUGCAGAUAACCCAGGCUGUCCUGGAGAAAAACAAUGAAGGAUCUUUCACUGUUAAAACAAUUAAGCAGAUAUUGUGGAUUGAUGGUGUUCGUUAUGAGCUGCGUGAGUUAUAUGGAAUAGGGAACCUUUCUCAUGGUAAUAAUGACAAUGACUCGGGAAGAAACUGUGUAAUUUGCAUGACUGAACCAAAGGAUACCGCUAUCUUACCAUGCCGACAUAUGUGUUUGUGCAGCGACUGUGCAAAAACAUUAAGACUCCAGUCUAAUAGAUGCCCAAUCUGCCGAGAACUUAUUGAAGAGCUCCUAGAGAUCAAGAUUAAUAAUAUCAAUCAGUGAGAUAUCCUGUCUUUCAUAAACCGUAAACUGUUAGGUGUGUGGUGAAAAACGUCACUCUCAAAGGGACAGGGCUCUCAUGGUUGAAAGGGCAAUUAUAAUUCAUACUUACAGAUUCCUCUCUGCUGCCUGCACAGAUACCCUACCUCUAUUUUGACGUUUCAGUAUGGAAACAAAUCAUCUACAUAUUUAGUGCCAUUAAGUUUGUACAACCAAAACUUCCAAAAAUCUCUUGUGAAAAGGGCCAAUUAUAAUUGGUUUGAUGAGUUGUAAAAUUCUCUGUACAACUAUUUAAAUAGAGAAUAAUUUAUAGGGUUUUGGUCAGUAUAUUCACAGAUA